AUGUAUAUUGAAGAUAAUAAAGAAGAAUCAUCAGUAGCUGAUGUAGAAGAUAUUAAAGAAUCAUCAUUUUCUCAAUUAGAAUCAUUAGAACAACUUCAAGCAGAAUUGAUUGAUGAUACUGCUGCUCAAUUAACAACAGCUCGUGGUAAUGAACGUUUAACUGCAACAUUAACAGAUACUAUGCAUGAAGAUACACAAUAUUUACUUCGCUUAUUUGGCAUUCCAUAUCUUGUAAGUCCAACAGAAGCUGAAGCACAAUGUGCUUAUUUAGAUUUAUCAAAUCAAUGUGAUGGCGUUAUAACAGAUGAUAGUGAUGUUUGGUUAUUUGGUUCAUCACAUGUUUAUCGACAUUUUUUUCGUCAAGAUCAAUUAGUAGAAUAUUAUGAUGGGACAAUAAUUUUAAAUCAAUUAGGUUUAGAUCGAGAAUCAAUGAUUGCAGUUGGUAUGAUUGUUGGUUCAGAUUAUACGAAAGGUAUUCCAAAUGCUGGUAUUAUGACAGCAUUAGAAAUUCUUCAAGAAUUUCAUGGAACGUGCAUGGAACGAUUAGAAAAAUUUCGACGUUGGUGGAAAAAAGCACAAAAAUCAGAUUAUAAAACUGAGUCAAAAGUAUUGAAACGUUUGAAAAAUUUAGAACUUUUUGAAGGUUUUCCAAACAAAGCUAUUUAUGAUGCGUAUAUUAAACCAAAAAUCGAUUAUGAUCAAACAAAAUUUACAUGGGCAAUGCCACAACUUGAAUUGAUCCGAGAAUUUAUUGGAACUAAACUUAAAUGGGAUCGACGAAAAAUUGAUGAUAUGAUUUUACCAGUAAUUAAACGAAUGAAUACAAAAGAAAUUCAAUCACGAAUUGAUUCAUUUUUUGCUCCAUAUGCAUUUGAAAAUAAUUCAAAAUCAUAUAGAAAAAAUACACGAUUACAAUCUGCAAUUAAUUUACUCAAAGAAAGAACUCAAGAAGCAAAAGAUAUUCCGUUAGAAAAUGAGAAUAAUGAUGAUGAAGAUGAAGAUGAUAACAUUCCAAUUCCAGAAAAACAACCGUUAAAAAAAAGAAAACGAACAAAAAAUACAAAAUUAAUGAAUAAUGUAUUAGAUACUGCAAACAAAACAAAUCGAAGAUCAAAAAAGAAAAUAACUAUUACUUCUCCUGUCUUAUCAGAUGAUGAUGAUAAUUCAUAA